GGAUCCAGGGUGUUUGGGCACCCUCCUCAUUGGGUGCUGCCGCUGCUUCCCCAGCUCUCUGUACUUCCUGCCUGGGUAAUAAAUAAGUUUCUUGGAGCACAGGUGGUGCCUAAUGUGCUGCUCACAGCUUGGCUCUAGCAGAGUUGCUUGCUUUUCUUACUUGCCUCGCACACAAAAAGGUUUCUCUCUCUCUUGCAGAGUUUGGGUGUGGUGGUGAGAAACCUCUUCGGAGAGAGCUGCUGAUUCCAGGUGUCUCCCUCAAACCUUGGCACUGAAGCUGCAACAUCUGCUAUCAUUGCUUGUAAAAAAAACAACUGGUGCAAUCAAAGCACUGCACAAAGGAGCAUGGAGAAAUUCAGAAGUAUUUUUCUUUUGUGCCUUGGCUUCCUUCUAGUCCAUGUAAGAGGUCAACGUGAUUUUGAUUUAGCUGAUGCCCUUGAUCACCCUGAUGACAUAAUUACCAGAAAGCCUACAGUGAUCAGAAGACCGACAAGACCUGUGUUCAACAAUGAUCUGAAUUUGGGAGAUGCUCUUGGUGGUGGUGACAUCUCAAGAAAACCUUUAUACCCACCUCUUCCACCACGCCCAGGAACUUACGGUAAUUCUGGAGGUUUUGAUGACUCAGAUCUCCUUGAUGGAAAGCCUUUACCACCAGGAGAAGAAGAGCAUCAUUUCAAUCAUGGAGGGAACACAGAUUCGGGUUUAAUAGCUGGAGUUACAUCUCCUGUAAUUUCUGCUUUUGUAAUACUGGUUGUUGGAUCAAUAGCAGCCUACAGCGCCUACAAGAAUAAGAAACUUUGUUUCAAACCACGUGGUGGGGCUACAGUGUAAACCACUGCAAGAAGAGUUGCUGUCUGAUCACAGGCUCCUUUGGUUGGUGACAUUCUACAUUGCCAUUCCGACAGAAGAAAAUCUUCCUCUAAUGACUGUUUUCUGGAGACAUUGCAAUCCUGCUCUCUCUAACCUGAUGUCACUUUUGCACCUUGAGUUUUAUGUCAUCAAAGAUAUGCUUUAAACAUCCAGGGAUUGUACUUAACUUUCUGACCUGCAUUCAUAAGGGCUGGAUACAGAUUUUGACUCAGAAGUUAUCUUAAGUACAAAGAAAUCAAGUUUGAUAUAAGAUAAAAAUUGAAAGAUUUGGGUUUGUGAGGAUUUGAGUCACCAAAUAAUUUUUUUUUCUGUUUUCAAAAUUAGCCAAAAAACUUAAUUCUUCUGAUGGAAUUAGGAUAAGGACUUUGCUAUUUCCUUUCACACUUGUUGGGUUUCUCCAGUAUAUUUCUGUAAUGUUUACUAUGUUUUAAGAAAAACUGUAGUUGUCAAAAGGAUUAAAAAUUUGAAUGCAUUUACUUUGUAUUUAUGCCUAAACACUGUCAAAGUGAAAGGAAUUGUAGCUAGAAAAUUCCUUCUUAACUUAAUAAUGAAUAAUAAAAAAGAUUAUGUAUAUUGACAAACCACUGUUUGAAAUACAAUAGAAAGACAUGCUAAUUUUAUUUAUUUAUUUAUUUGAUAAUUACUGAAAUGGUAGUUAGCUCUUCUCAGGAACUAGAAUUUCACUUAAUUUCUCUUCUUGAAAACUUAGGCCUGACUCUAGAACCUUUGAAUGCAUUAAUUUAGCAAGAUGGGUUUUUUUAAAAAAAACAUAUUAUUCGUAACUUCUGAAGAGGGAAGAUUGGUACAAAGCUUUUUCUGAUUCAUUUAGAUUGAGUGUGUGAUGCUUCAGCCUCUAAAAUCUAAGUCACAAUGACUUUUAAACUUCAUACUAUGUGGAGAUGUGGUUGACAUAGUUUUUCUAGCUAGACUGUUUCAUGUCUUUCCCUCAUUCCUGACUGACCUUGCUAUGCUAACAAUGUAGACAAACCUAUCACAAAAACUGACACUUUUCCUGUCUCUCUGUCUUCAUUUAGCUAACUGGAUCAAAAAAACAGCUAAAAUGGUUUUAUUGAAGAAUUAUGUCAGUAAACUGCUAGUUUUGCCAGCUUUCAUCUGUAUUUAAUUCACUUGCUAACUUUUUAAAGCAUAAGGAAAUUGGUGUGGUUUUAUCUUCAUUUUAUAGCAAAGCAUGGUUUUUGUUAGCACAAUUCCAUUUAAAUGGAGAUGAAUAUGAUUUUGUGUUUAUUACAUCAUUGAGAGGAAGACAUAUACUAAAAAAUACUUUUUCAUGAAAUAAAAUACUAUUUAUCUAAAUUGUAUUUUAAAUGGAUAUAUAUCAGUUGCUUGCUUAGAUGUCACUUUUUUUUUUUUUCUUCUGAUCCUGGAAGAAAUGAUAACGUACAUCAGUUUAAACAUAGAAACAUCUUGACAACAUACAAACAAAUGGACACCUUUGUGGCUAUCACUUUCAACUUAUGAAUGAAAAAAAUAUUUUUUAUAUGGUUUUCAAGGACAUUUAAUAUUUCUUUUAAAAUAUUAAUUUUCCAUGUUAAUAGUUAAUCCAAAUUGACAUAUAUUUAUUCAGAUAGACAUGAAGAUUUGAUUAAUGAAAUCAAACAGCAAGUGUUUUGCUGUUACAACUUCAGUUGCUUGUUCAACCAUAAAAAUAUAUAUUUUGCUUCUUUCUCUUCAAUAUUUUCAAUAAACACCUACAGUGUUUUAUCUAA